UAUUUAUCUCAAAAAAUUUGAGAACUGUUACAGAACUUCGAAAUUUUGUAAAAUGCCACAGCAUUGAUACAAGUUCGAAAUACAUCUUUUUGGGCAAAUAAGACAUUAAAAAUAGUACAUGUAAAGUAAUUAACUCACAUAGAAAUUAUUAUUUUAUUAUUGUUUACAACUUAAUUCGGUUGAUUAAUGAAAAAUCGUAUUGUAAAAUCAUCUGUAUUUAAAAAUGAAUUUUAAACAAAACGAUAUAUUUUAUGUAUUUAUGUAAAUUAAUGUGAAAAUUAACGCAAUUAUAAUUCUGACGUGUAUACAUUGCAUUCGGAAUAAUCGAAUAUCCAUAAUUAGGAAAAUGGAAGAAUCCAUUUUGAUGGGAAUACAGAAGUGUUAAAAAUUAGCAUUUUAUUGAUUACGAUAAGUAUGCUAUAUGCACUAUAUAACUAGCGCAUCUAUAAAUAUAAUUCUAUUCAUAUAAUAAUUCAUAAAUAAUGCGUAAUUUUCCGAUAAAGAAAAAUUGUAAAUGAAAUAUUUAAUAAAAUUUGAAUAUUAAAAAACAUUUUUAAGAUUAAAAUAAACAAAAUGAAUUAUUAAGAUAAAAUUCAGGUUAUUUUUCGUAUAAAAAAAAACUGCCAGAAAACACACAUCAUUUGUUUUAUAAUAAAGUGUCCUCUGAAGAUAAAUUAUCAAAAAUGGUAUGUGUUACGUGCAUUAAAAGAUUAGAAAGUAUUCAUCGCUUUGCUAUGAUGGCAUAUAAAACGCAGGAGAAGUUAAAAUCUCAGUUAUAUAGUAAUAGUGAUGAUACAAAUAUACAGGAUGUAGAAAGAGAAAGUGUUAAAGAUGUGCAAAACACAAGAAGGAUAGAAGACCGGGGAUUAUUACAUACAAUAUUAACAAAAGGGGCAAUAGAAAUUUUGGCUGAAGGCGAACCACUGGGACCAUCAGAAUUAAUGUCACAAGAUGAUAAAUGUCAUACUCCAAGUAUGGAAGAAAUGGAAGUCAAGGUAGACCCAAUGUUAUUUUUACAAUAUGGUAUGGAGAAUUCAGCAUCAGAAACUUCAGAAGCAUCUGAUACAGAAGAAAUAAUAACAAAAACAAACUCCCCAGAACCAUUACCAUUAACAAAUAAAAUUGAUGAAAUAAAAAAGGAAACAAAAGAAGAGAGCAAUGAUAAAUUACAAGAAGAUACUGAAGAACUUAUUUCUAAUGUAUCAACUAAACCUCAUGAAUGUACAAUAUGUGCUCGAUCCUUUAUAUCUCAAAUUGGUUUACAAAAUCAUUUAUGGUCUCAUUUGCCUAAAGAUAAACGACUUGAUGGGAAGCCUAUUUUAAGAUCCCAACAAGUGUAUUCUACUAAUGGUGUACUUCAUAUGAAUACCGAUAAUAAUUCAUCAAGCAAUUUUAUCUGUCCAAUUUGUAGUAAAAAAAUUUCUACUAAAGGAAAUCUAAAAGUACAUUUGGAAACUCAUCGGCCUAAGGGAAAAUAUGGUUGUGACAUAUGUGGUAGAAUCUUUAAAACACAGUCAAAUUUAUUCAGACACAAGGAGUACCAUGGAGGAAUACAAUUUCCAUGCAAUGUAUGUGGGAGAGUUUAUCCAACAAAUUCUACAUUACGAGCUCAUAGUAUAACGCACUCGGAUUUGAGGCCGCACGCGUGUCCUCUUUGUGAUAAAACCUUUAAAAGAAAUCAAGAUUUAAAGUUUCACAUAAAUCAACAUACAGGUGCAAGGCCUUAUCAAUGUCCAUAUUGUCCGAAAGCUUUCGCGAGUUCUGGAAAUUGUUUCUCACAUCGUAAAAGAAUGCAUCCUCGAGAAGUACAUCGAGAUAGACAAAGAGCAGCAGAUUUAAUGAGAUGAACCAUGGGUAACCAAUACGAAGAAUGGUUUUAGAAAAAUAAAAUACUUUACGAUAUUAUCGUAUCCAUGUGUAUUAGCUAUUGGAAUGAGAAACAUGAGCUUUAAUUUUGAAUAUUAAUGGUGCUAAAACGCAAGGAGCAACGGAACUUUUGUAUACUUUAAUUGAGUCGUUCGAACAUAGUACUAGGUACUUAUUGUUAUUGACAAGCACUUAGUUGUUUGUUCUUAUGGCGUAACUAGGUCUUCUUUACAUAUUAUAAAAUAGAAACAAAUAUAUAUUUUUCUUAAUUUUUUAACUUAUUGAUGUUAUCAAACUUGAUAUACUUCCAUUGUUGUUGAUGAAUUUAGUGAUUAUUAUUUAUUGACUCAUAUAUAGUACAAGUGAUAAUAACGAUAGGUUUUAAACUUUCUAGUUAAAAUAAGAAAUUCGUAUUUUUUACCGUUUAUCAAUAUUUAACUUGUAUACAUUUUCUUCUGCAUAUUUAAGGGUAGAAGUUAUAGACCACCCUUGCUACCAUUUCUUAAAAACGAUUUUAUGACAAUGCGAUCGUUAAAAAAUUAUAUAUAAAGUAAAAUUUUAUUUUACAUGCCCAUCGUUAACGACGUAAUGUCGAACAUUAUUCAGUCGAAGAGCAGUAUUAUUCAAAUAAUUUUCAAUGUAAUACAAAUUAACCCAUCGGUAAUGAACACAAUGAAAUAUUAAACUUUAAAAUUAAGAUUAAAGUGUAUCUCUCGUAAUUUGCGUAAAAAAUUGACUAGUAAAGAAAAUUUAGUAAACGUAAGAUAACUGUGAUUUUUUAUAAAUCGGUGGUAUAUUAGAAAAUUCAGUCAUAUCCGAUGGGUUUAAGUAUAUAUGUAUUGGAUAUUGUAGAUAUAAAACAAAAUAAUAAUAGUAACGUAACUACUUAUUUCCGUACGCUCAAAAUUUGGUCUAAAUUUGACAAAAUAUAAUUUUUUUUAAUAUUUAAAUACGAAUAAGGAAUUUACAAUAUUUUUUGAAACCUUGAACGGGUACUCUGUAUAUUGUAUGUGAUAUUUUUAAGCAACAUGUACUUAGUAUAUUUUCAAGAGACAAAAGGUACAAAGGGUUGGACGUUGAAAUUAUUUGAUAUUUAUUUCACGAUUGUUGUGUCACCGAAGGAACGAUUUUAUUUUUUUCUUGAGAAUAACGUAAAUGGAUUUGAAUGGUGAUGAACGUUCUAAAAAAAGGAACGUGUUAUUUUGUCCAUAUAAAAAGAGCUGUUUAACGAUAUUUGAUAAAGUAUUUAUAUUUAUGAAAUGAUUAAAAAAUGACCAAAGGCGAAAAAAGAAAAGAACCGGAAAAGGAAGCAUUUCUUUAGGGAAUAAAAGUAGAAAAUUUUGUAGUUCGAGGCAUAUUUUUAGCACAAUACAUGAACAAUAUCAUCAUUAAGUAACGUUAAGACUGUAUACGAAAUUCUGUGUCAAAUUAGAGUAAUUGCGUAAAUGUAAGAGAUUAGUAUACAAUAUCAAUGGCUGUAUGUGACGAAAGAUGAUGAGUCUAGUUUAUUCAAAAUACAGUAUUAAGUAUAAUGAAUAAUGUAGAGGCUGUAGCUACCGUUACAAACGAUCAUAAUGUUAUUCUUUUAAACAGAUAUACGAUUAAAGAAAAGUAAAUGUUAACUAAAGUCUGAGUAGCUUUUAGGAAACUUUAGAUAAGAGUUUUUAGAGAAGAAGUCAUGUAAAUGUAGAGGAUUAUAGCCUCUGCUUCCAUAUGUAUCGUAUACAUCGCACACGUGCUAGAUACUCCAAAAAAGCGGAUGUUUGAUAAUGGACGAUCACAGAAUAAUGUACGACGAUCACGUAAUUAAGAAGUAGUACUUACAGACGGAAGAAACCGUGUGUAACUGCGUGCUACCAUUGCUAAAUUAGUGUAGUAGGGUGGCCAAGCUUUCGCCAUACUGAAAAUGAAAUGGACCAAGAAAGAAUGGAAUAGUAUUGUAAUUAACACAUCGAAUUCAAUUUAAAACAAAUUUCAAUGGUCUUUUUCAUCGUGUAUUUAGCUUCGGUUCUAAGAUUAUUUCUUAAAUCAGAUGAUAUUUAAAAGUAUUUAAAAAUAAAUGUUUCGAUAAAAUAUUUUCUCACGUUUUAUACACAAAAAAUACUUGAUAAUGCGGAAGCUUUGACGAACAGCCACCCUAGCUUAUUUAGAGAUACAAUCGUAUAUUUUGCAAUUACCUUUUUGCAGACGCUUGUCAGUUACGUAGUUAAGUAGACGAAGAUUAUUGGAUAAUUAUAUACCCGCGAAAAUAAUCAAUUUUUGAUAGAAAAAAAAUGAAGAGAUAAUCUCGUUCUCACGGCUCAAUUUUUACAUCUAGUUUUUGAAGCAGGGAUGAGCAAAUUAUCUUUCUCCCUUCUGAAUUUCGUUUUAACCCUAAUACUGCCAAAUACAUUGCUUCCGGAUUAUGUUAUAGUUGUUGACAAUGUUAAACAGUGUAUUCUUAUGUAUUAUGUUAAUUAAUUAUAAAAACAUGUUAUUAUAAAAUUUAAUUAUAUUAUUUAUAAAAAUUAAUAUAAUUUAUAAUAUAAAUUAAUAUAAUUAUUAUAAUUUAAUUAUAUUAUUUAUAAAAAUUAAUAUAAUUUAUAAUAUAAAUUAAUAUAAUUAUUAUAAUUUAAUUAUUUUAUUUAUAAAACAUUAAUUAUAAAAAUCUUGUCUUAGUUAUUAGUGCUAUAUUUUUAAAUAGAUUUGCUCAACUCUUGCUAUAAGGAGUCAAAAAUUGAGUAUUUUUUUAAAGUUCACGUAACACAGAGGCGAUUAGCAUUUAAAUUAGCGAUUAAAACAAUAUCUCAGAAGUGCCAGUAAAGCAGUGAACUAACGUAGUGUAUUCCGGCAGACAAAUAUUGGAUAAUUAUAUGUAGAUUCGAGGUAUGAGUUGUCGAUAAUAUCAAUUGUGACACAUAAUAAAAUGAUUGUAUAAAAGGUCAGCAGUAAAAGUUUACGCUUUCAUUCCAUUAUGUUCUAUCCUUUGCUUAAUUAUCAUUUUCAUUUCAUAUAAUCAUCAAAUAAUCAUCCAGCAGGACGAACGCGAACUCGAAUAUAUUAAACGCAUUCUUUAUCAUUGAUUUUUCGCGAUUCAGUAAAAAUACUCGAAAUUUUACAGUUCUACUCGGUAAAACAAAAACUUGAUAAAAAAUUAAUCAUUCUUUGUCAUAGAUUUUAUCUCAAUGUCUUGUCUUGUCUUGUCUACAUAAAAUUUCCUUAUCCUUUUUCCGUAUUUAUCCGUAUUUCAUAUUUACAUGUAAUGUAUUACAUGUAACAAGUGGAAACUCGCUUCCUUUAUCUAUAUAUUAAACGAUAUCUGAACACGAUAUCUAUGUUCUUGUACUUUACAUUGCAGUGAAAAAUUAUGAUAAUUGUAUAUGAAUAAUCAGUCGUGUCGGGAAAUGCUGGUUAUUUCAGAGAAGCUAGUAGUAUUUUACCCUGAAAAUAUUCUAGAAUUUAUUGCAUUUCACAUGCUCAAUGAAAUGGAACUUAAUAGAAACGCGAUAGAAUUCUUACAUAAUCGUGGCAAAUGUACAGAAAUGGUAAAAUUCAAUUUCCUUUUUCUAGUCAGAUUCGUGUAAGAACCGGUACAUAUUCGCCGCGUAAUCACUUUCAUUCGUUAGUCUGAUCUUUUCGCCUUUUGUACUGUAUAUAUACAUAUGUAUAUGUAUAUAUAUAAUAUGAGAUCAGAAGAAGACGUGAAUCAGCGUUCAAAUUAAAUCGUCGUUAACCACUAUUCUUUCUACUGCGUAUUAAUUAGUUAAAAACUAAAAAAUCGACGAGGAUCCGUUUUCAAUUAUAAAAUGCACUAAUCUGUAAGAAUAACGAACGAAUAAGAUUCUUUUUGGUCAAUGAUCGUCGAGCGUCGAAGAGAAACUCAUUUCACUGAUUAUUGAGAUUAACAGAUUAACAAAGAACAAUUCAUGUGAAAUGUAAACGCUGAUAGAGAGAAAUUAAUAAUUAAAGUCAAUAAACUGAAACGUUUACACUGAUAAGAUGAAACUGAAGUAACGAUCAUAUGACGUAUGCAAACUAUGUUAGCUCAGUUUAAUUAACCGAGUUAAAGAAGUCAAACACUUCAAAUAUAUCUACUUUGGUUUCAAUCCAGAGCCGGAAUGAACACGUAAAAGUCGAACAGUUCGAUAACUUUAUAAACUUUAUAAGUCAGUCGUUAAGAUUUCCUGCUUAUUCGAGUCAGCAUAAAAGCUCGUGCAUAAUAAAAGAUUAAUGUUAUAAAAGUAUAUUUAAUAUACAGUCGAGACAGACGAAAAAUGUUACUUCUUACAGUAUACUUCUUCCCGUGAUCGUGCCACUGGAUACAUGUUUUUAGAUGUUUUUUAAAUAAUUACUCAAUUCAGUAGAGAACGUAUACUUUUGAUUAAUUUACCAGAACCUUGCGUCAAUCUUCUUGGUCGUCUUACGAAAAUGUAAUUCACGGUAUAUCACGAUUUUGCAAGAUUUUAAAGAUGUGAAAGGAAUUAUUGCGAUUUAUUGAAAGAAAAAUUUAUUUCCCUCAAUAAAACACGCUAAAAUAAAUUCGUUAAGAUAGGAUAUCUUUAUUUGAUAUUUGUCAUAGUGCAAAUAUUAAAGUUGUUUGGUCGAAAUAAUAUGGAUAAGAAACUUGUGACUUGUUCUAUAAGUAUACACAUAUACACAUAUAAGUACAUAUGCAUCUGAAAAUCGCGACGGCAACAAUGUUGUAACUUGUGGUUAACAUCGUAGCGAUGGAACUUAAGGCGCAAUUAAAUUGAUAGAUACGAAAGGAAUCCAAGUUUAAAGUUGCAUCAUAGUGCACGCGAUCGAGGCGUUUGUUCCAAAGUUACACGUUAAUUUUCGAUGUUUAAAAAAAGUUUCUUAUCGAAGAAUGAACAGCUGCAAUGCUGUAUCAUUACGGCAAGGUCGUUGUGUACGGACAUGUUGCCCCUAACGAUAAGUUUGUGUUUAAUCGAAAGAUGCCUCGAUCGCCAUAAGUCUCGUGCUAUAAUUGUACUUUUCGUGGCAUGACACCGUUAACCGCGGUUCCAUCUUCAAAACAAAGAAAUGAUACAAUACAAAUAGAGAAAGACGUACCCAAAAAAUCUUAUCUACGGGAGUGUUGCAAUUUGUUUCACAAUUUUAUCUGGUCUGGUUAACUGGAGGAGCGUCAGAAAUAGCAAUUCAUUUGACUUACAAAUUAAUCCUUUAUCGAAACAAAUUGCAUAAAAUAAUAAUCUGUAAAUGUUUUCUUUUGAAUCGAACAGUAUUUGUAAAGUGAAUUAUGGCCGUGAUUAAAUCAUAAACAGAA